CGACGCGGUGGUGCAGGCGGGGUGGGGGGACCGGAGGCACACAACACAACGGUUCCCAACCACGAACCUUCCCAGCGGUCAACAGUCUUGGAUUGCAACUCACUCGAACUAGAUGUGCGUCUCAAACGCACCCGAACACUCUCAAUCAGGGUACUACUCAAAAAGCUACGACUGAACUGAAGUGCACGGUGAUUUUUUUUUUAAAAAAAAAACAAGGAUUACGUUGUGGUGUGUGGUGUGGUGUGGUGACACGAUUAUUCUUUAUAUUUUCUUUUUGUUGGAUUAUCACAGUGACUCGGUGCCAACAUGCCGAAGAUCUUCCUCAUCAAGAACAGGUUGCACCAGCAACAGCUGCGGCUUCAGGAGAGUCAGAACGCCACAAGCAACAAGCAGGAGCUGCUCAUCGGGGAUUCGCAACCCUUGAGUCUCAUCGUUCAGAAGAAAGAUGAAAAAGAAUCGUCAGAAGAUUUGCGCAAAACCAAAACCCCACCUCCAGAAGACAAGCGUCCCCAAGAGCCGACCAGAAGGUUCAAGUCGUCGAUUCUAGGAGGCGGCGUCCCCUACAGCGGCCACGUGCUGACCCGCGCGGAAAGAAAGGAAUAUCCCCCCAUAGUGAACAAUGAAAAGGUCACGAUCCCCCCGGCAAAAAAGCCGCCAGAAGACACGCCCAAACCCCAGAACUUGGCUCCGAUCAGACACUUUUCCGUCAUCCAAAGAACACCGAAAACCACCUCGAAAAAGGAAGAGGAUGUCGACACGAGACUGCCCCAGUCCAUAGUUAUGCAAGAGCCCGAACAGGAUCAGCCGAUCGACUACCACAUCCCAAAGCGACGCGGCGAAGUGGAAGACGAGAACGAGGAAAAAAGGAUCAGAGAACAAAGGAGGUCUCACUGCAGCAAAGUGAGCAAACCUCUCAUUUCCGUCAGGACUAUCGCGGGAAAGCUUCCUGUCACCAUGUCCUGCGCGGCGGGACACGGACGAGGAUCCUCAGGUGGUCAAGGCGGCGGCAAUCAAUCGAGUAAUAAUUCGGGAGGCGGAGGCGGCUCCAUAAAUUUCACUGGGGGCUCCUCCGGAGGAAGCAGUGGAGGAUCAAUGGGCAGCGGAACUGGAGGUGGAGGAAUGAACCCAGGAAGAGACGGACGUCAAAACUACGGUCCUAGUAGUCCCCCAACUGGAAGUCUACCUCCUUUUUAUGAAUCACUCAAAGGCGUGAACAACGGCAACAACUUCAACGCUGGUGGUAACUUCUCCUCAAGUUACCUCAUGUCCAACCAACACAUCAUGGAUUGCGACACGGGUCAAGAUUUGGCAAACUUAAGUCUAAACGGUUGUCAAAGCCCUCCAAAACAGUAUUCCACCUUACAGAACGCCUCGUAUGGCAUAAUUAUGAAAGACGAAACCGACCUGGAGUUCGAAUCGAAAGUGGAUCCCAUGAACCAACUUCUGCCGGGCGGUUAUUCAAACUACGACGAGAGUAUGAUGGUUGACAUGGUCUCCGGAGCAGUCGUCGAUCCUCUACAAUUCACCGCCACUUUAACAUUCUCCAGUUCGGCAGAACACGCCCUCCUGGAAAGUCUUUCAGACGCGGCAGAUUUAUCAACAUUCCUACAAAGAUUGCCAAGCGAGGACAACAACGAAGAUGAAUUGAACUCCAACAACAUGCACUCCCCAUCCAUGACACCGGAUUCAUCAAACAUUCAUCAGGUCGAGAACCUCGACGGCUUCAACGACAACAUCCUGUCCCGGAACUACGAAAGGAAUUACAAUCACAAUUUCUCAAAGAUCUACCAGGACACUCUGCCGUCAUAUCAAUCAUCUGUCAACAACGAUUCCCUUCAAGUGCAACUGCAGCAAAACCAAAUGCUCUCUCCGACGCUCUCCUUCAACGGAAGCGGUCUGGAUCUCGACUCCCCGACAACCAUGUCUCUUCCGAGUCCCGGAGCCGCGAGCUGCAGCCUCGAACCACACGACAACGGCAGCAUCAGUCCUCCGGCGAACGUCACAUCGAGGAGAGACAGUGCGAGCAGCGAGGCGCCAUCUCUACAAGGCAGAGUAAAUGUCCUGCAACGGCUUGGUUUGCCCUCUGAAGUGCAGUUGGAGUUUGUGAACGGCGGACACGGCAUCAAAAAUCCUUUAGCGAGUCAAGAAUCUGUACGGACUGGAACCAGAACUGAGGAGAAGACGAAGGUCGCUUCAAUCACAACCGAAGACGGACAGACGAGUUUCGUCUGCAGGAUUUGCAACAAAACGUUUACGCUGCAACGUUUACUGAACAGACACAUGAAAUGCCACUCGGACGUCAAGAGGUACCUUUGCACGUUCUGCGGCAAAGGUUUCAACGACACCUUCGACCUGAAGAGACACACCAGAACCCACACAGGAGUGAGACCGUACAAAUGCAGUCUGUGCGAGAAAUCGUUCACGCAGAGGUGUUCGUUGGAGUCGCACUGUUUGAAGGUGCACGGUGUGCAGCACCAGUACGCGUACAAGGAGAGGAGGACAAAGGUGUACGUGUGCGAGGAGUGCGGCCACACCACGAACGAGCCGGAGGUCCACUAUCUGCACCUGAAGGACAAGCACCCGUACAGUCCGGCCCUGCUCAAGUUCUACGACAAGCGUCACUUUAAAUUCACGAACUCGAACUUUGCAAACAUGCUUUUGCAAGACUGAAACUACUGCAGCUGCUGCAGAAAGUGCGACUCUUGAAGUUUCAGACACAAAGCGGAUCUCCAAAGAACUGAAGAACAAAAACCACACAAUCUCAGCAAUUUUCUUCUAAUAAUUUAUCUAUGUUAUUUAUAUAAUUUAUUAUAAACGAUUCCGUCCCAGUUUUUUUGGCACAGUUUAUCCCCUUUUUUGUUAUCGGAACAAAGAGGCAGUCUUCUUAAUUUCUUCUGUGAUAGUGAUUUAAAAUUUAAUCUGUUUACUUACGUGUUACUUCGAGACUACAGAUAUGAACAGUUGGAGCAUUUUUUUCAUUUUUCGAAAAAAUGCGGAAGAGUUAAUGAAAAUCGGGUUUUUUGUGCAAUUUGGUUUAUGGAACUGGGUUUUAUUAAUAUGUAAGUUAGAUUAGUACAAGAGAAAACUGUAAAGAACUUUUACAGGGACGUCGUUAGAAUUCAGAAUAAUGAAUAAAUAAUAUUUCAGUAUUUUAUUCUGAACUUUAACACGUUCCCAUUAAUUGUUCUGGUGCUUCAUAGCUUUGAUUUAACUCUAUGGUGCUCUAGAAUACAUAGUUCGAUCUUCAAUGGCUUUUUGGACUUUCAUCUCGAAAAAUCUGCAACGAUGACUGCAAUAUUUUUGUAUUUUUAGUCUUGUUGAAGUGUGAGAAUUGUUUGUUAAUAUGUAUGUAUGUAUGUGUUGUGUUUUUGUACAUAGAGAAAAAUGUUUAGGAGUUUUAUUAUCUACUUUAAGUACCUUUUUUAAUCUUAUCGUUGGACAUUUCAGUUUGACAUUGUUAGUUGUACUAUUUAAUUUUAUUUUGCCAGUGUACCUAUAGAACGUUGAAUUGAAUUAUAUGAUUUAUCUUUUUUAACACUCUUUUACAUCACAGUAUUCACGCCUUCUAGAUUUUUGUAUAUUUGUUUCAAGGAACUGAGAUUUGUAUGUAAAAUGGCUUUUAUUUAAAACGUGUUAGCUUUAAUCAUUCUACACUUAACUUUAUUUUGUAUUUAUAACUCUCAUUUCCAAUAUCACUUAAUGUUAAAAUGUAGAACGAAACAUGUAUUUUUUCCUAACGAUUG